AUGGCUUCUUUCGUCACGGAAGUUCUGGCACACUCGGGGAGGCUGGAGAAGGAGGAUCUCGGCACAAGGAUUAGCCGCCUCACCCGGCAGGUGGACGACAUCAAGGGUGAGGUAUGCAGUAUGAUCAGCAAGAAGUACAGUGAAUUUCUGCCUAGCAUGCAAAGUGCACAGGACCUGGUUACCCAGGUGGAUAAGUUAUCUGAUGACAUUGAUCAGCUGAAAUCCAGGAUAGAGAGCGAGGUCCGCCGGGAUCUUCAUGUAUCAACUGCUGAAUUUACAGAAUUGAAGCAACAGUUGGAAAGAGAUUCAGUGGUCCUAAGUUUGCUUAAGCAGCUACAAGAGUUUUCCACUGCUAUUGAAGAAUAUAAUUGUGCAUUAGCAGAGAAGAAGUAUGUCACUGCUGCUGUGCGUCUGGAAGAGGCACAGAAAUGCUUGAAGUUACUAAAAUCCAGAAAAUGCUUUGAUUUAAAAAUGUUGAAAUCUCUCAGCAUGGAACUCACAAUACAGAAACAGAACAUACUUUAUCAUCUUGGAGAAGAGUGGCAGAAGCUGAUUGUAUGGAAGUGCCCACCAUCAAAAGAUACCAGCAGCUUGGAAUCUUGCCUACAAACGGAACUUCAUUUAUGCACUGAACAGUCCCAGAAGGAGGAGAAUACCCCUGUACCAUCCAUCAGUUCUGUUCUCUUGGCAUUUUCUAUUCUUGGGGAGUUACACACCAAGCUUAAAUCAUUUGGUAAGAUGCUGCUGAAAUAUAUCCUUAGGCCUCUGGUAUCUUGUCCAUCCCUUUAUGCUGUGAUAGAAAGCCAGCCGAACGUUGUUAUCUUGCGUUUUGAAUCUGUGAUGACUGACUUGGAACAUCCCUCACCAUCUGAAGUUUUUGCAAAGAUCAAACUGGUACUGGAAGUGCUCCAGAAACAGCUUCUAGAUUUGCCUUUUGAUGCUGAUGUAGAAAAUGAAAAAACAUCUAAGAUCAUAUUGGCUGAGAUGCUUGGUGACAUGAUCUGGGAAGACUUGUCCGAAUGCCUCAUUAAAAACUGUUUGGUUUAUUCUAUUCCAACAAACAGCAGCAAGUUACAGCAGUAUGAAGAGAUCAUACAGUCCACUGAAGAAUUUGAAAAUGCCCUAAAGGAGCUGAGGUUUUUAAAAGGAGACACUACGGAUUUGCUGAAGUAUGCUCGUAAUGUCAAUUCUCAUUUUGCUAACAAGAAGUGCCAGGAUGUGAUUGUGGCAGCCAGAAACCUAAUGACCUCUGAAAUUCACAACACUGUGAAGAUUACUCCUGAUUCUAAGAUAAGUGUACCAGACUUACCCAGUCCUAAUGAAGAUGACAAGCUAGCUGUACAGAAAGUGGCCAAAGCUCAGUAUGAUGAAGUUGGAAAUUUAGAGCCUGAAAAUACACUGGACCAACAUUCCUUUGCUUUGCCAACAUGUCGCAUCAGUGAAUCUGUGAAGAAGUUAAUGGAACUUGCCUAUGCUGUUCAGCUUUUCUACUCAGUAAGGAAUAUCUUCCAUUUGUUCCAUGAUGUUGUACCAACAUAUCACAAGGAGAACCUUCAAAAGCUGCCCCAGUUGGCUGCCAUUCAUCACAACAACUGUAUGUAUAUUGCUCACCACUUGCUGACCCUUGGGCAUCAGUUUACUUUACGGCUUGCUCCCAUUCUUUGUGAUGGCACUACUACUUUUGUGGAUCUUGUACCUGGCUUCAGGAGACUUGGGACAGAGUGUUUUUUGGCCCAAAUGCGGGCACAGAAGGGAGAACUUCUGGAAAGAUUAUCAAGUGCUAGAAACUUUUUAAACAUGGAUGAUGAAGAGAAUUAUUCUGCAGCAAGCAGAGCAAUCCGGCAGGUACUGCACCAACUAAAGAGACUUGGAAUUGUAUGGCAGGAUGUCCUGCCAGUGAAUAUAUAUUGCAAGGCCAUGGGGACUUUACUUAAUACAGCAGUGUCUGAGAUCAUUGGCAGAAUCACUGCCCUAGAGGACAUCUCUACUGAAGAUGGUGAUAGAUUGUGCUCCUUAUGCAAAACAGUGAUAGAUGAAGGACCCCAAGUAUUUGCCCCUCUAUCUGAAGAAAGCAUGAACAAGAAAUAUCAAGAAGAGGUUCCAGUCUAUGUGCCAAAAUGGAUGCCUUUCAAAGAACUGAUGAUGAUGCUACAAGCCAGCCUGCAAGAAAUUGGGGAUCGAUGGGCAGAUGGAAAAGGUCCUCUAGCGGCUGCAUUUUCCUCUAGUGAAGUAAAAGCUUUAAUUCGUUCCUUGUUCCAGAACACAGAAAGAAGAGCAGCUGCCCUUGCUAAGAUUAAAUAG